AUGUCUGACUUCUUGUUUCCCAGGUUGAAUGAAGAGGAUUUAAAGCUUUUAGCAACUCCACAGGUUAGCGUAGUAGCUGACUAUGUCAAAGUCCUAGAACAUAAGCUUGAAAUGGUGCUGUCAUUAUCCAACUAUGUUGUCCCUGAUGGUGGUGAAUCCUAUCCCAUAGAUAUUGAAGAGUCACGUGGCGACAAGUUGGGGCCUGUAGUUUUUAAUGCUGAAAGCAAGAAUGAAUCUACUUCAACAUCUGUUAAAAGAAAAUCUAUUGAUCAAAGAGCAGUAGUUGGAAACAAUGACGUUUUAAGGAGGCAGAGCAAGUGGAACUCAGGAGCCCUUAAGGUUCCUGAACUGCAAGAUGGUAAUAUAGUGGGUUCUAUCACACCUAUGGAUCCAUUUAAGCCUGUUUCCAAGCUCAACUUCUCUAGAUUUGACUCUAGAGGCACAAUCACCAAUUUCUCGAUGGAUCACAUCAAAACCUAUCGUUAUGUGUCUUAUUCUUCUGUUGAAGAAGCUAUAGAAUAUCCUGAAGGUGUGCAAAUGAACUCAGCUGCACAGUCAAAUCCUAGCAAAGAUGUGAGGACUCCACCUCUUGAAUACAAAGCUUUUGAGGAUCAGUUGAAGAGAGCCCCUAGUCAUGACUCCUACUCCAUUGAAACAAUGGAACCCUCGUUGCUGAACUCGGAUACGGGCUUUAAACCGGAGCCCCAUCACACUGAAAACGAUGACAUUAGAUUGGAGUUGACUCUGGGAUUCAAUCCAGUGUUGCACAAUCAUCUAUCCAUAGAAAUAAAGUUCUGUGAUAGGGAAGUCUGA